AUGGCGAGCGGCGACUGCCCCGGGGCCCCCAGGAGGAAUUUGGCCCUGCUGAAGCACAAGGUGUACGCGGGCGAGAGGAGGAGGAGGAGGACGGAGCCCGUGGUGGAGGGCACCGCCGGCGGGGACCACGGCGCCUUGCGGAGGAGCCAGUCGGACAGGACAGAGUACAGCCAGAAAUUGCAAGAAAAAAUGGCCCCGCAGGCUGAGUCCUCAUCCUCUGCCACCUCACCCCAGGAGAACGAAGAGCAAAUCACCAGACAGAUGAUGGCCAAGAGGAUGAAAAUCAUUGCAGAACUGAUACAGACAGAAAAAGACUUUAUCAAUGACCUGGAUCUCUGCAUCAGGGAAGUGAUUCAGCCUCUGAGAAACAAGCAGAUUGUUCGCUUUGACGUCGAUGGCUUGUUUAGCAACAUCGAAUCGGUCCAUCAAAUAUCAGCCAAACUGCUGUCAUUGUUGGAAGAAGCCACGGCAGAUGUGGAGCCACCCAUGCAAAUAAUCGGGGAAGUGUUCUUGCAGAUUAAAGGCCCACUAGAAGACACAUAUAAAAUCUACUGCUGUCGCCACGAUGAUGCACACACCAUGCUGGAAUCCUAUGAAAAGGAUGAAGAACUGAAGCAGCAUUUAAGACACUGUGUACAGUCCUUAAAAAAGAUAUACGAGGAAGAAGGAAAGUCAAAUCUAAUGGACAUGGGAUCCCUGAUGAUCAAACCAGUACAACGGGUGAUGAAAUAUCCCCUGUUACUCUGUGAACUCUUGAAUUCAACGCCUGCUUCUCACGCUGACCACAAGGCACUACAAGAUGCCCUUUUUGCUAUGAAAAACAUUAAUAUGAACAUUAAUGAACUCAAAAGGAGGAAAGACUUAGUAAUGAAGUAUAAGAGGAAUGAUGAUGAUGAAUCCCUUAAAGAAAAGUUUUCCCGACUGAAUAUUCACUCCAUUAGCAAGAAAUCCAAGAGGGUCACCAGCCAUCUGAAAUUACUGACAGGGGGAGAACCUCAGGUGAAAGAUCAGACUUUUAAUAAGGAGGAAAAGCUGUUUCGAAGUUUAGAAAAGAUCGUGAAAUUCUGCGUGAAGAACAUUUCAUUCUCCUCACAACAUCUACAGGAUUCCAUACAUCUGGCUGCACAGAAUAUAACUGGGCUUCAAGAAAUUUUGCAAGAUAAAGAAGAUGAAGUCAACGACAGUUCAAAUAAACUGAAUAACACUGGAAAUCUCUGUGGAGACCUUGUGGUUCAAUUCGACAAGCUCAUUUUGGCUCCUCUUUCAGCUCUACAGGCCUUGUUUCCAGGCCCACAGAAGCUCAUCCAGAAACGCUACGACAAGUUGUUGGACUACAACAGCUACCUUCAAAGGUCAACAACAGAAGAACUGGACCUGGCAAAGAAAGACUAUGAGGCUCUAAAUGCACAGCUAGUCGAAGAACUUCAGAUAUUCAACAGAGCAGCCAAGAAGAUUGUGUUGAACUGCCUGCAUUGCUUCAUUACCCUCCUCAGAAACAUUAUGUGCACAGCACUUCAAUCAAAUUCUGCUGUGGUGGUGCCUGUUCCACUGUCUUCCUCAAGCAUCUGUGAAGUGCAGAAUCAGCUGAUGGAGGAAAUUCACAAGCUGAAUUUUGUAAAAGAAAACAGCAGUGCAACCUUUAUUGAGAGAAAACUGAGUUUGGAAAAAAAGAAGCCCGUCCCAGCUAUGCUCGAAACCCCACAUCAAACAGAAGACCACAGAUCCAAGCUGUUGUCUACAUACAACACAGAACUCCUGUAUCAGGCGAAGCGCAAAUGCAAUGCCACACAGGAAUUUGAUAUUGAUUUACAUGAAGGAGAACUGGUGGCUGUUGUGGAGCAAAAGGACCCCUUUGGAAGUACAAGCAGAUGGCUUGUUGACACAGGAAUCCUUAAAGGGUAUGUGUAUUCCUCCUUCCUGAAGCCUUACAACCCAGCCAAGAUGCAGAAGGAUGUAGCAGAAAACAGUUUCUGUGAUGAUGAUUUUGAUAUCAGCCUCUUUGUCUCUUCACGGCCCACCACUGACAGCAGUGUAAGAAGCCCAGGACAUAGUAUGAGUGACAGCAACUCAUCUCCUAUUAACUUCUGCAAAAAUCCCACAAGCAAUGGGACAGAGACUGAUAGUAUUCCAGAUAUGGAUGAUCAGCAUACAUUUUAUGCUGUUUAUGCAUUUCAAGCAAGAAAUGAUCAGGAACUCAGUCUUCAGGAGUACCAGAGGGUUAGGAUACUUCGUUUUUCUGACCUGAGUGGCAAUAAAGAAUGGUGGCUAGCAGAAGCCGAAGGUCGGAAAGGAUAUGUACCGUCUAAUUACCUUGGGAAGAUGACAUAUGCUUAG